GGCGUACAUAAUCUACUUUUAGGACAAAGAUUUUAAUGUCAUUGUCACUUGAAGCGGAAAUGGAAUACUGUCAUCUGUCACAAAAGCUACAACAGAAGUUCUUUUCAGAGCAAACUUAAAUUUAUAUACGGUGUUCUUGUUAUUAUAUUACCAACUUAAAUUUAUCCGAUAAUUUUAAUGCACCGACAUAAUUUAUAGUGGUUAAGAUAAUAAUGUUUUAGUUAGUUUUGAUCAAUAUUUUUUAACAACAAUAUGAGUUGCCUUUUGAUGUUUGCAUUCAUAUUAAUUUAAUAAGCAAAAAUAUAUUUUACCAAUGAGAAUGGAAGAGUUAGAAAAUUCUUUAGCUCAAUACAACGAGCAAUUACAGUUUGUUAAUGAUUCCCUUGCGGAAGCUCAAGGUGAUAUGCGGGAAUCACUGUUGGCUCUAAAAUCACAGAUGCAAAAUCUGAUACAAGUCACGCAAGAGAGCCUGGAUGCACAAAAGUCUAAGGAACUAAAACGAGAGGAAAAUGAGGAAAACAAUGUCUUGGACAAUUCAGAUAGAAACAAAGAUGAAUUGGAUGAAGAAUAUGCCUUAUUUAUGCAAGAAAUGUCUAAAAGUGGAGCAUAUAGUACUGAAGAAAAUCAAGAUUCCACGGAAGUGUCAAAAGAUGAUGAUAAUAAAAGUGAUAUAGAGGAUGAGUUAGCAACACUGUUGGGUAUGAAAUGUGCAGUGUAUCACACGCACAAAUGGGGUGGGCAACCAAGCCUGCACAAUGCUAUGGUCAGCAGUGUUGAGCCACACCAGGAUAAUGACCAGUUCUCUGAUCUACAGGUCAGGGUUCUGUUCACACAUCCAACACAUGCAGAAAUGUUGCCAUGUCCAUUUUAUCUUGAUGGUGAAUGCAAAUUCAGUGAUGAACAAUGUAGAUAUUCUCAUGGUGCUUUAGUACAAUUAUCUAGUUUAAAGGAAGCUAUAGAACCUAACUAUGAAUCUAUAAAACCGGGAAGCAGGAUUCUAUUGAAACUGAAGCCAGCAGAUGGUGAGGAUAUGAGCAUAGCAAAGAAAUCUAUUGAAAAAUAUCAUCUCUGGCAAAUAGGAGUAGUGAAGAGUGUUGACUUUGAGACCAAACAGUGUGUAGUGAAAUUAGAGAAUGGUAUGAAAACUGGAGAGAAGAGAAAAAUAUCAGCAGAUGAGUUCCAUUUGGCAUUUGAAGAGAUAUUUCCAUUAAGCAAUGAUAGUGAAGCAGAUGUGGAGUCAGAGGACAGUGUGAGUGACACAGAGUACCCGGAGCACAAGUUGUGCCGGGCAGAGGAAUGUAUGCGUGUCUGUCAGGGUAUCGGGUCGAAGCUGCUGCUGUCGAUGGGGUACGUGCCGGGCGGCGGGCUGGGCGCGGCGGGCGCGGGCCGCCUGCAGCCGGUGCAGGCGCGUGUGCUGCCCGCGGGACGCGCUCUCGACCACUGCCUCGCCUCCGCACACGCCGCACACGAUCCACUCAAGGUUGAACAGAAAUUAAAAAGACUCCAAAAGAGAGAAGAGGAAAGAAAUAAAAGAGCGUACGAACGCGAAAAGGAGCGAGAGAGACGGAACGUUUUCAACUUUCUCAAUCGAACUUUGGGCGAUUCUAGUGGGAAGCCUGAAACAUCAACGGAGACAUCACUAACCGAUAUAAAACAAUCCACCAACAAAGAUCUUAAUAUAGAACAAUUUAAAAUAACACAGGACACCAAGAAACUUGAAUUAGAGUUAAAUAAAUUGAAGAAUUCUUUAAAUAAAUAUUCAUCCGGUUCAAGUGUGUCACUAAAUAUUAAAAGUCAAAUUGCAGAAAAAAGUAGGGAAUUGGAUAAUCUUAAAAAUCGAGAACAAAAUAUUGAAAAAGAACAAAGAAGACGCAAGGAUAAGAAGAAUAUGACAGUGUUUUAAAUAAUAAGUACAUUAUGUAUUGUUAUUUAAAAAUCGUAAAAUGAAAUCUGUU